AUGUCUCGAAGAUAUGAUUCCAGAACAACGAUAUUUUCCCCUGAAGGGCGGCUGUACCAGGUGGAGUAUGCCAUGGAGGCCAUUGGACACGCAGGCACGUGUCUGGGGAUCCUGGCCAACGACGGCGUCCUGUUAGCAGCCGAGAGACGCAACAUCCACAAGCUCCUGGACGAGGUCUUCUUCUCAGAGAAGAUCUACAAGCUCAACGAGGACAUGGCCUGCAGUGUGGCUGGGAUCACGUCAGAUGCUAACGUCCUCACCAACGAACUGCGGCUCAUAGCACAGAGGUACCUGCUGCAGUACCAGGAGCCCAUCCCCUGUGAGCAGCUGGUCACGGCUCUGUGCGACAUCAAACAGGCCUACACGCAGUUCGGAGGGAAGCGUCCCUUUGGCGUCUCUCUGCUCUACAUGGGCUGGGACAAACACUACGGCUUCCAGUUGUACCAGAGCGAUCCCAGCGGGAACUAUGGAGGCUGGAAGGCGACCUGCAUCGGCAACAACAGUGCGGCUGCGGUGUCGAUGCUGAAGCAGGAUUUCAAAGAGGGAGAGAUGAGUCUGUCCUCAGCUCUGGCUCUGGCCGUCAAAGUCCUCAACAAGACCAUGGACGUCAGCAAACUGUCUGCAGAAAAAGUGGAGAUCGCCACUCUGACACGGGAGGACGGCAAGACCAAGAUCAAAGUGCUGAAGCAGAAGGAGGUGGAGGAGCUCAUCAAGCGUCAUGAGGUGGAGGAGGCCAAAGCAGAGAAGGACAAAAAGGACAAGGAGCAGAAGGAGAAGGACAAAUGA